GCGGCGCUGCAGAUAAUGGGGCUCCGCAAGUCCGGAAGCGCGGGGAAACUCGUCCUGUUGGCGGGCUUGCUCCUCAACCUGCUGGCUGAGGAGCCCGCGAGUGCUAUUAAUGAGAGCAUUUCUGUAGACGUAGCCAUGUCGGAACCAGUAGUGAAACUUAUGGAAUCGGAUGGAAAUCUGACACAACCCAAGGAAGUAGAAUUUGGAGAAUGCACGGUUACAUGUGGUAUUGGCAUUCGAGAAGUUAUAUUAACCAAUGGAUGCCCUGGAGGUGAAACAAAGUGUAUUGUUCGUGUUGAAGAGUGCAGAGGACCAACAGAUUGUGGAUGUGAUAAAGAACUGAAGCAAUCACUCAUUCUUCCUAAUGAUUCAGCUAUUCUGGAGGUACACAGGGAUACUCACCCAGUUGCAUUCGAGUGUGAUACAAUAGAAAACGAUGAAUUGAUUGCAUCUGUAAAAUAUACAGUGUAUACAACAGCUGAAUUAGAAACAAGACGGUUGAAGAAGCCAAGCACAGAUAUAGUACUGGUGUUUGUCCUCAUAACUGGAGUUAUUGUUUGUGUUGGUGUGGUCUUUGCAAUAAUCUUCAUCAUUCUUAAUUGGGCUGCUGUAAAAAUGUUCUGGCAAACAAAAGUUUGGAGAAGCAGAGAUGAACCAAGCUCAAGUUCAUUGAGAACCUCAUCAGGGCAGUUUCCCACAGCAGAUACAUCUCAGAUAUCACAACUAGAAAACACCGCACCAGAACCGGGUUCCUACCAGGAGUGGAAUGCACCACCAGGAGGAGGAGGAGGAGAAGGAGACGGAGACAAGGGGACUUAUUAGAAAAGAGAGAUUAUUUUAUAAAAGGGAGAGAUUAAAGUAUGCUCAAAAUAUUCAGAGUACCAGGUCUGAGAAGUGCUUUUUGCUGCUCUGAUUGUGCUUGGUUGUGAACAGUGAGACAGUAGUCUGUGAAACAGCAUCAACCAGACUUAGACUGAUUUCUGAUUAGUGUGGUUCACCAGGAACCUGUGCCUUUCUGUGCUCUUCAAAACCCAAUGUGAGAUGUUUUCAUGUUACCAAAAGUGCACAAUAAAAUACAUUGGCACUCCAAUUCUAAAUAUUUAUGCUGGUGUAUCAAUCUGUGACAUAUUUCAUGCUUUGUGAGAUUGUGAUGGUAGAAUUGGGUUGCAGUCCAAAUCCCUGAUCCACAAUGCUAGAGGGGGCUAGGAUUCAGAAGACAUCCCUACCCACUGGCCUUCUGGAACACAUGGCAGAAGCAAUGCUACUACAAGUGGUGUGUGUUCCCCCCCCCCAUGGUAGCCAGCAAGGGCCAUGAAAUGGAGCAUUUCAAGGGAGGAACUGGGCCACCCAAGAAUUUGUUUGAUCCUAAUCUCAUCUGGGUUUCUAUGCUGUGACAUCCUGGAGCUGGCACAGCCAAAAAUGUGGAUUUAACUGCCCACCUUUCCAUCUUGGCUAGUGGGCACAGCAGAGUUUUGCAUGAGAUGGUGGCUUCACCAUCCUGUUCUGCCCCACUGCUCCCUGGCCAGAGUUAAAAUUGCUCUGUUACUGAUAUAUGAUAUUCCAAGAAAUUUCAUGCUGGCACAGGCGCAUGCAGGCCACAAUCCAGUACAGGCCUUUGCACCUCUUAAACCAUAUAAAAUCAAUGGGCCUAAAUGCAUUUAACUGUCAAUUGGAUUGCAGCAUUGAGGUGUAGCAGCCUAUAUGAAGACUACUUCAUAUAGUGACACUUAGCCUGUCAUCAGCCUUUCUCACUCAGCUGGAAUGAUAUAACCGCAGGGCAGUCCAGGUACAGUAACUUUAGUUAGUGUAGAAGAGGGAGGGAGAAAUGUUAUACGUUCCCAAAUUUGGACAAAAAGAUUUGUAGCUGAAAAUAACUGUUUGCGUAGGUAAAAGGAUAUAAGCCUGUAUACUCAAUUUCCUUUAAUAAAUUCCCUUUUCUGACAGCACAUUUUUAUAGAUCAGGUUGAGCCUGUCUUUGAAUUCAUGAGUCUAGAACUAUUAAAUAGUAAAAAUAUAUCAGUUUCAAUUUUGCAUAAUGCAGAACAUCUGGGAAGAAUAGGCUGUUGAAAGUAGCAACUAUUGUAGUUUAGUGGAACUCAAAGUAGCUGUGGCAUUAACAGCUGUGCUAAAAAAUUUAUAAGAGUUGUGCCAAAAACACAAAACUGUAGAUAGAACUGGUUUUCAGUAACCAGAAAGCUCAUUAUUAAACAUUUGUUCAUUUUAAAAAAGGGAGCUCAUCGAUGGAAAUAAACCUUAUGUGUUUUCCCAAGUUCAGAUAUUGGUGCAGAUGUUCUAAUUGCACUCCCUGUGUCUCUUUAAAAGAGCUUAUCAACAGUUUUCAUAACUUUGUUUUUAUUUUAUUUUAUUUUAUUUAAAAAAGGAACACUACUGCUCAUAAAACUCUGCAUUUAAAACUGGCAUGUGCUUAUCUAAUUAAUCUUUGGCAUCCAAAUAAAAAUAUAGUAAUAUUGGUAUCACUGAAAUGUGCACUGCUUUAUUGUGUCAUUUAAAAAAUGAAUAAAACAUCCUAACAUUCAAAAGGAAAAUAUAGGUAGGAAAAGAGCACAGAAAAUGAUUGUGACAGUGCUACCUGCCUGCUUAAUUAGAUGAUAAAUAUUUUGAUGUAGUCAAGGCCAAAACCUGUUAGUCAACUUGAUGUUUAUGUCAAUGCAAUGUUAUUAAUUUACUUUUUUUUCUUACAAAAUGUUUGUGGUUGAAGGAGACUGUGCAUUACAAAAAAUUAAA